AUGACUCAACCAAACCUCACCUACACACCACUUAUCUUGGCAACACACAAGAACUGUGUCACGACCUCGAACAUGCCCUCGUCUUCUUCUUCUCGCUACUCCUCCUCAAAACCCAUCGUCUCUACAAAUUCAAGCAAAGCCGCAUCCUUCCAGCUCACUACCACCACCUCGGCCGGCCAGCAGGAAGCCUCCAACAGACAGCAGCGCAGCAUGGGUGACGCGGCCAUUGCCGUCAUGGAGGAGGAGGAGGAGCACAUAUUCCGGAGCAGGUUUCCGCCGGUUGACGUGCCGGAUGGCAUCACCGUGCCGGAGUUCGUGCUGGCGGGCGCCGAGGCCUACGCCGACAAGGUGGCCCUCGUGGAGGCUGCGCCCGGUGGCCGGUCCUACACCUACGGCGAGGUGGCCCGGGACGUCGCGCGGUUCGCCAGGGCGCUGCGGUCCGUGGGCAUCCGGAAGGGCCACGUCGUGGUGGUCGUGCUCCCGAACCUCGCCGUGUACCCCGUGGUGUCCCUCGGCGUGAUGGCCGCCGGGGCGAUCUUCUCCGGCGUGAACCCGCGCUCCCUCGCCGCCGAGAUCAGGAAGCAGGUGGAGGACUCCGAGGCCAGGCUCGUGGUCGCGAACGAGGUCGCUUACGACAAGGUGAAGGACGUGGGCGUGCCGGUCAUCGGUAUCGGCGACCAGGAGCGCAUGGCCGGCACGAUCGGCUGGGACGAGCUCCUCGCCGCCGCCGACCGCACGGGCCCGCCGAUGGUCCCGCUGGAGCCGGUGCAGCAGUCGGACCUGUGCGCUCUGCCGUACUCGUCCGGCACGACCGGGGUGUCCAAGGGCGUGAUGCUGAGCCACCGGAACCUGGUCUCCAACCUGUGCUCGUCCAUGUUCGCCGUCGGGCCGGAGCUGCUGGGGCAGGUGGUGACGCUGGGCCUCAUGCCCUUCUUCCACAUCUACGGCAUCACCGGCAUUUGCUGCUCGACGCUGCGGCACAAGGGCACGGUGGUGGUGAUGGACCGGUUCGACCUGCGCACGUUCCUGGGCGCGCUGGUGGCGCACCGCGUGAUGUUCGCGCCCGUGGUGCCGCCGGUGAUGCUGGCCAUGGUGAAGAACCCCAUCGCCGACGAGUUCGACCUGUCCGGGCUGGCCCUCAAGUCCGUGAUGACCGCCGCGGCGCCGCUCGCGCCAGACCUCCUGUCGGCGUUCCAGAAAAAGUUCCCCGGCGUGCAGGUGGAGGAGGCGUACGGGCUGACGGAGCACAGCUGCAUCACGCUCACGCACGCCGGAGACGACCCGGAGAAGGGCCACAUCGCCAAGAAGAACUCGGUGGGGUUCAUCCUGCCCAACCUGGAGGUGAAGUUCGUGGACCCGGACACGGGCCGGUCGCUGCCCAAGAACACGCCCGGGGAGCUCUGCGUCCGGAGCCAGUGCGUGAUGCAGGGCUACUACAGGAAGAAGGAGGAGACGGAGCGCACCAUCGACGCCAAGGGCUGGCUGCACACCGGCGAUGUCGGAUACAUCGACGACGACGGCGACGUCUUCAUCGUCGACAGGAUCAAGGAGCUUAUCAAGUACAAGGGCUUUCAGGUUGCUCCUGCAGAGCUGGAGGCCAUACUCCUCUCCCAUCCUUCGGUCGAAGAUGCGGCCGUCUUCGGGCUGCCGGACGAGGAGGCCGGCGAGGUGCCGGCGUCGUGCGUGGUGCGGCGGUGGGGCGCGGAGGAGAGCGAGGCGGACCUCAUGGCGUACGUGGCGUCGCGGGUGGCAUCUUACAAGAGGCUCCGGACGCUGCACCUCGUCGACGCCAUCCCCAAGUCCGUCUCCGGGAAGAUCCUGCGGAGGCAGCUCAGGGACCACUUCAUCAACAUCACCAAACAGGCAGCUUAA